GCUGAAACGAGCGCAGAGGCGGAACAAGAAGCUCUUUCCCUAUUGGUGAGCAGCGUGAUGCGUUCAGAAAAUCGACGAGACGGGGAGGAGGGGCGCAGCAGGCUCCGAUUGGCUGCGCCCGCCGAGAGUGGGCGGGGCUCGGCUGGAAGCCUUCUGCACGGUGCCGCGAGCCCUCGCUUCCCUCAAUUCCGCAGGUUCGAAUCCUGUGUCCCCAACCGCGCCUCGCUGAGCUUAGAUGACAAGCCUGGCCUGGUCAGCAGCCAGUGACUGCCCUCGGAGUCAUGCUUCCCUGCGAGAAUGAUGUGAUUUGAAGGUCAGCUUUUCUGCAGACCCACUUGUGCUAGAAGAAAUUCUGCGUGCCACUACGAAGUGAGGCUGGGAUUCUUCAGCAUUCGCCAGCACAGGGAGGAAUUUAUUUUCCAAGAUCUCUGAAAGAUAUUAAGCAAGAAGAAAACAGUACAUCAGGCCGACAAAUGUCUGUACUUCCUACCAAAGAAACUCAGGAGCUCUUCAUAACAAACGCUAUGAAGAGGAUUAUAGAUUGAAUGCAGAUGAGGUGCUGAUGUGCCGGGGAGCAGCGGUGGGGAGAGCCAUAGUUCGCAUGGCCUAAAGGAGGUGGGGACCCGGUGCCGUGUCCCUGAGCAGCAGCCGGACGUCCUCGAGCUGAGCAUGCCCGAGCCGGCGCCACACGGCGCGGAGAAGAAGCGUGCAGAGAAGGUGGGAGCGAAGGGCAGCGCCGCGGCGCCCACAGUCCCCAAGAGCCUCCCCGUGAAGGCAAAGGUGGAGCCCCACAGCCUGGACCCCGCGGAGGAGCCGCUCAUCUGGGAAGGGCUCACCCUCAACAAGUGCAUCCUGGUAGCCUCUGUCGUCGCCCUGCUCAGCGUCAGCUUCCAGGUUCUCCAAGCACCGCCAUGCCCCAGGGACGGUGUCAGCAGUGGCAAGCAGGAGCCCCCAGCAGCUCCCAUCCACGAGGUCAUCGUCCCCAAGGAAGAGGUCCCAGAAGCGGUGGCUCCCCAGCCCGUCCCACCCGAGAGCAGCAUGCCGGAGGAUGACGACGAUGAUGAUGAUGGUGACGAUGAUGACGAAGCGGACAGCAACCUGGCCGAGCCCUGGAUCUUCAAGAAGUGGUUUGGUCGCUCGGAGCCAGGGCAUGUGGAGGAAGAGCCCAGAGAGGAGGAGGAAGAGCCCACAGAGGAACCUGAGGAGCCAGAGGCCAAAGUGGAGCUGAGGAAGGGCCAGGAGAGACCCCAGGGACCGGAGAAGAAAGAGGAGAAAGCUCGAGGUCCAGAGAAGGAGGAGAAAAAGGAGAAGAAGGAAGAGAAGAAGGAGGAGAAGAGGGAAGAGAAGAAGGAGGAGAAAAAGGAGGAGAAGAAGGAGGAGAAAAAGGAGGAGAAGAAAGAGGAGGAGGAAGAGGAAGAGGAGGAGGAGGAGGAGGAGGAGGAGAAGGAAGAGAAGAAGGGGGAGAGGCCCCGUGGCCCAGAGAAGAGGGAGGAAAGGCCCAAGGAGAGCCGUGCAGCCCCAGCUGAGAGGAGCCGCCGUCGGGAGCCGCGUCCCAAGGACAGGACCCCCGAGGAGAAGCCCCCCAGAGCCCCUCGGGUGCACAGGGAGCCGGAGCAGCAGCAACACAAGAAGAGACGCCGUGAGGGGAAGGAGAGCCGGAGGGAGCGGGAUGAGCCCCGCAGGGAUGGCAGCAAGGGCCGAGCGAGCAGAGCUGAGCGGCAGGAGAGCGGCCGGAGGAACUGGGGGCUGCCGCGGGGCGAGCAGCGGGGCCGGAGGGCUGGGGAGCCAGCAGGCAGGGACAGGGCACGCGAGGGCCGGCGGCACGACUGAAGGCUACGAGGAACAGACUGGGCCCGGCCCCACGGACACACAGCCGCCGUCUGUCCACUGGACCCCUCUGCUGCCACCCUGCAUUCAGCCUUCGUCCCCAUGCCCGGAGAGUGGCUGCGAGCAAAGUGGGGACACUGGGGUCCUGCUGUACCCAUGGGACAUCGGAACCUGCUGUGCCUAUGGGGACACUGAGGUCCUGUUCUGCUGAUGGGGACAUUGGAAUCUUGCUGUGCCAGUGGGGACACUGGGGUCCUGAUGUGCUGAUGGGGUCAUUGGGGUCUUGCUGUGCCCGUGGGGACACUGAGGUUAAUUUGUGCCCAUGAGAGACUGAGUCCUGCUGUUCCCAUGUGGACACGGAGUCCUGCUGUUCUCACAAGGACAUUGAGGUCCUGCUGUGCCAUGGCGACACUGAGUUCUGUUUUGCCAAUGGGGACAUUGGGGUCCUGCCAUGCCCAUGGGGACAUCGGCCACCCAGCCCAGCAUGAGCCUCUGUGGGGACUUUGGGGUCCCCAGAAUGAAGGCAGCCCCUAGGGAGCAUGGAAAUGAGCUCUGCUCCCCUUGGGCUUCAUGCCACCCUCCAUCCCCAGCUGCAGCAGCAGCAGCUUGUUGUCCCCAUUACUGUGACACUAGAGGAGCAAGGAUGUGCUCCCAGCAAACAGAGGGGUCUGCAGCCCUGGUAGCUCUUGAAUUUAGUGAAUGGUUUUAUUGAAAACAAAUCAAAGAGAGAAGUGUGUUCUGGGUGAAGGAAGCCAAGCUGCCCUCCGAUCACGGACACACGGCCCCAGUGCAGGAGGCCCAAAGCUUCGGAACCACAGCCCGGGCCCUGCCCCACAGAGCUGCUUUUAGGGAGAAAGCACACGAGCACUAUCGUGCAGUGCUGCAGCAACUCCAGGAGACCCCGACCGCAGCGGGUUUGAGUAUUUGCUAAACCAAGGGUGGUUAAAACAAACUGAUGUUCAUUUUUAAGAAGGUAUUAAAUCGAAUGUCUUAAAAUAUA